AUGUGUGGAAGAUACGCACUUGCGUUCGACAGCAACGAGAUUGCCGCACAAUUCAAAGCUUACAACUUGGAAGUCCGUCCAGAAUUGGCAAAAGAUGAGUAUCACUCAAGGAGUUACAAUGUUGCACCAACUAAUGACGGAGUUGUAUACCGUACAAAGGACAAGGAACUGAGGUAUAUGAAGUGGGGUCUCGUGCCGCAUUGGACCGAAAACGUCUCUGAAUUCAAAACCUAUAGAACGUUCAAUGCUCGUUUGGAGAAUCUACAAGAGAGCAGGAUGUGGAUCCAGUGUUGCAAUAGAAAACGGUGUGCUAUACCUAUCAGCGGGUAUUAUGAAUGGAAAACCCAAGGGAAGGCCAAAUAUCCUUACUACAUAAAGAGAAAAGAUAAUAAACUUAUGUUUUUGGCCGGGAUGUAUGACUAUGUGGAAAAGGAGGAUUUAUGGACAUACACAAUUGUAACGGCAGAAGCCCCACAUGAGCUCUCUUGGCUCCAUGCUCGUAUGCCGAUCGUUAUAGUGCCUGGGUCGGAUGCGUGGGAUGCUUGGAUGAAUCCCAAGAAGGUUGAGUGGUCAACUAACGGGCUGAAUUCUAUUUGCGCAGCCCACUAUGACAAUAACGCUCUGACAAUUUAUAGGGUAAGUGAGGAUGUUGGCAAGGUGCAGAAUAAUGGUGAGCAUUUGAUCAAACCAAUUUUUAGAGAGGAUCGUAUCAAAGCAGAAAUAAGGAGAGAGGAUGAAUCGAACGAGUUACCAGUAGAAGAAGAAUAUGAAAGGGAUCAAACGUUCAAAGAUGAGAAAAAGGGUAGCUCAAAAGUACCUGAAAAUCUUGAAAAAGAAGCAAAAGCUGCUAAACUCAAAGAAGAGGCAUCUGUUAAGGAAGAAGACAAUCCUUCCGGAGAGAAUGAGCUAUAUGAAGAGAAAGCCGAUCAACCAAAACAUGCACUACGCGGUGCUAGUCGUGGACAAAAAAGCUCUAUGAAUGAAGAUACCGGCAGCGAAAGUAACAAGACAGGACCUUUCGCAACCCGAAUCCGUAAGAAUUCCAAUGGAGCAAAGAGACUUAGGAGAGAUAUUAAGACUGAAUUAAAAGAGGCCUCUGCUAAGAAGAGACGCAAGUAA